CAAUGUUGCCAAAUAUAUUCGAUUUUGUUAUCUGUUUGCAUAUUUUUCAAUAUGCGCUCAUAUUAGCGAUAAUUAAAAUAAAAUAUGAAAACCUGUAUUCAAAAUUAUCAGAGCUUACGGAGAUUUACAAUGGGCUUCAAGUUUAUACGACGGUAAUUACUGGAAAAAAUAAGUACAGUAGAACAUUGCUACAGUUGACAACGAUUCGUCGUAACUAUGCGGUUCUUUCCGAUAUAUGUGAUGAUAUUUCCCAAUUAUAUGGAGUUUCAAUUCUUUUUUCACUAACUUAUGCUUUUGGAAUAAUUGUCUACUACUCAUACUUGGCAAUAUCGAACAGUAUUAUCGAUAUACAUGAAAAAUCUUUCAUUUAUACAAUCGAUGCUGUAUUACCACUUAUCGGAGCCGUACUUGCUGUCACUGCUAUUUGUGUUCUGGCGAAUGAUGUGAUAGCUCAGAUGAGAAAAGUCAUAGAUGUUAUCUAUCAGCUUUUAAAUGUUCGUAAUUUCCAUCGAGAAAUUAAAACAGAGUUGGAAAUUUUUGCGCUUGAGGUAUCACACCGGGAGAUAUCAUUUCAGGCUUGCAGUAUGUUUUCGAUAGAUUGUGGACUUUUGGGAUCGAUAUUUAGUGUAACUGCAACAUAUCUUAUUCUUCUAUUACAAUUCUAUGGUUCAAGUAAAUAAUUGAAAUUGUUGUGGCAGUUGUUACUUGGACAGUAACAUUUU